AUGUCUUUGAUUGAAAGUGCAUUGGAACUUGAAGAAAUCGACGUAAAUUAUUACAGAAGUAGGACCUUACGGAUACCUUUAGGGGGCAGAGGAGUUUUUGGUGGUCAAAUAGUAGGUCAAGCACUCGUGGCAGCAAUCAAAACUACUCCAAAAGAAUUUAAUGUUCACUCUUUACACUCUUAUUUUGUUUUACCUGGUGAUAAUAUAAUUCCUAUCCUUUAUGAAGUUGAGCGAAUAAGAGAUGGUAAAAGUUAUUGCACUAGAACAGUAAAAGCCAUACAAAAAGGGCGAUGUAUAUUCACUUUGAUUUGUAGCUUUACGGUGACUGAACCUUCAGGUAUAGAACAUCAGUAUCCUAUGCCUGAAUGUCUGGAAGAAUUAAUGCGAGAAUUUGUAAAACAAGAAAAAGUACCUAGAUGGUAUGCAAAGUAUUUGGAAAAGAAAUUAGAACUAGAGAAUUCGCCAAUUGAGAUUCGUAAUACAGAGAUUCUUGAAGUGAAUGAUCUUUUAUAUCCGAAACAAUCAAACAAUCAGAAAAUGUGGAUCAAGGCAAAAGGAAAAUUAGGUGAUGAUAUUUCUUUUCACAAAAGUGCAAUUGCAUAUGCCAGUGAUUUUAGUUUACUUUAUACCGCCGCUCGACCACAUGGAAUUUCUCCAAUUUCUAAAAUGCGAAUAGGAAUGUUGGCAUCUUUAUGUCACUCUAUUUGGUUUCACGAUUCAAACUUUAGAGCUGAUGAAUGGCUUUUAUAUACAAUGGAAACUCCUAAAGCGGCAGGUGGCCGUGCAUUGGCCUCGGGACGGAUUUAUACGCAAGAUGGAAGAUUAAUUGUUUCAGUUUCCCAAGAAGGUGUAUUACGUCUUGAUAAAAAGAAAUCAAAAAUAUAA